CCUGUCCGAGGAGUUAUAACCCGCAGCCGGCCGUCUGGCCUCAGCUCAUCACCAAGCUCAGCUAGCUACUACCUGCCUGUGCAUAUCAUAUAUACCACGCCAGGAGGAAGAAACAAGGCAACGCCAUAUAUCCCCCACAUAUCCCCUCUCUCUUCCUCCGGUCCCGCGGCAGCCACCGUCGACCAACGGACUCACGUUCCCAGCGCCGUCUCCGCCCGCACGGCCGUGACCAUCAGAUCUCCCUGAUCUCUAUCCGCUCCGGGAAUUGAAGUCCGCCGACAUGGCCAAGCAGCAGCAGAAGAACGGGGCGCACGUCCCCAAGUUCGGCAACUGGGACAACGACGGCAACGUGCCCUACACGCUCUACUUCGACAACGCCCGCAAGGGCAAGGCCCCCGGCGCCAAGCCCAUGAACCCCAACGACCCCCUCGAGAACCCGGACGCCUUCUCCUCAUCCUACGCCGCCGCCGAGGCCGCCGCUCCUCCUCCUCCCCAGCCUCCCGCUCCUGCCGCCCACCACGAGCGCCGCCCCAGCAGCGAGGUUCCGGCCCCGGCGCCGCCGCUGUACCCCGGGUCGCCGUUCCACCGCGGCGAGCCGCCGAGAAGAGUCAGCGGCGGAGGCGGGCGGACCAGCGGCGGCGGCGGCGGCGGAGCCUACAGCGUGGAGCAGUCGCCGUCGCGGUCGCCGCUGCACCCGUACUCGAGGGCCGCCGACUACUCGGAGGCCAGCGGGUUCGGCCUCGUCGCCAACUCCGUCGACCGCCCCCGUCCCAGGCGCGGCAAUGAAACACCGACGCGGGGGUCGGCGGUGCCCAAGUUCGGCGACUGGGACUCGAACCCGGCGUCGGCGGACGGCUACACGCACAUCUUCAACAAGGUCAGGGAGGAGAAGCAGACGCAGGCCAAGACGCCCGGCUUCGGCAAGGACGGCGCCGCCGCCCGCGGCCCCGGCCAGCACGACGACGGCUACGUCUCCUCGAGCCGCUGGUGCUUUGGGUGGUGCAAAUAGGAACGGACGACAGACGGUUCGAUCGACGGUGGAGGAAGAAGUGACGGACGGACGCGAUCAUCUCUGGGAGUGUAGAUUUGGGUACAAAAUUGAAAGAGGCGUUUUGGAACUGUUCAUUCAUCUACUAGCUUCGGCUACUGUUCAUCAUUCAUCUGCGUACUGCUACUCCCGUUUUUCCCGGGACAUUGUUUGGCAUUGGGCAUUGGAUCUAUUGAAUUUUGUGUGAUGGCUUCGAUCUCAUCUUGAGGUGGAAUAUAUGUAGGUCAUGGUUUCGUUUUGUAACGCUAGAUUGAAUGUUGCAUUUUCAUGUCUUGUAAUGUUAGGAUCACGCGUAUGGCAGGUCAAAACUUCAAGGUGAACAUAAUAUGGUGUUAUUAGUUAUUUGCGCCCCUUGGCAGCAUGAACAUGAAUUUUGUUGAAAUGUGAAAUUUGGCACAUUCUUCUA